AACAACCACGACCACAAUCAACAACCAACAACCAUCAACCUACAACCUGCAUCUCCAUCUCCACACUAUCAACGCCCUAAACCUAUCCAUCCAUCCAUCUCUACUUCGCUCCUUCUGGCUGUUUACCAUUCUUUUACAUCCUAUUCCGUCAUAAUCUUGCUCACACCUUGUUUCCUGUCCUCUCUCAUCCUGUCUCUCGUUAUCACUCUCUUCGCUCGUUUCUCCGGUUCAACGUCCAUGUCUUAAUACCCUCUCGGCCAUUAUCCCCUUCAGCUUCGACACCUUGCUCCCCAUUAUAAACUCUAGCAGCCUUCCACUGUUACACCACAACAAACUCUAGACACCUUCAUUUCCAUGCUCCUUCGCCGUUACCUUCUGAUGGCGACUUGCAGCAACACUGUCACCUUUUCCCGGGUCUGAGAAACCCACCCACGACCUGACACUUUUGACGGGGUUUCCUCUAUGACAAUGACAGUCCCCAUGUCCCACGAGAGACUGCCUGCGCCCCCAGUCCAUGCCAAAAGUCCCGCACAUCCUCCUCCAUCUCUACACAUUUCUACCUCCACCAGAGACUCAAACUCCUACUCUCACCCAAAUGAACUCACUCGUUCUGCUACAUAUACCUACUUGGGAUCUUCAGCAACGGAAGAAAACCCAACCCCUAACAUAAAGCGAAACUUCUCCGAUAAUGCCCUUAAUCUUUCAUCCGAAUCCAACACUCCUGUACGCAAUGGCGAUAGUCACUUGCCCAGUGUUCAAGUUCUACGCCGCUCCUCGCGGAAGAUGAAGCGCAAGGUCACCUCCAAGAGAUUUUCCCUGUCACCAGACAACGAUGACGAUGACGAAACCUCCUCUUCCUCACGAAAGCGUCCUGAUGAACUCUCCAGAAGCUUCAGUCGCUCCGUUGCUGGAACCUUGCGCUCACUGGCGAGAAAGUCCUGGGGCCCGGCCUCACGCACCUCCUCGUCCUCUCCGGUCCGAAAGACCAACCAUGAUGCAAGUUACUCCCCCACCCAAGGCCCUGACGACACUCCCACGAGCCCCAUUACUCUACCUGAACCUGCAAUUUCAAGACCACACUCACCUAUGACUUCCGAUGACACUGGCAGGCGUCCAUCUCCUGUUCUGCCAAAGCUCCAGGAACAAAGCCCGCCUCAAAGGCCCAUGCUCUCUCAGAUGCAGACAAAAAGUAAAAGCGAAAUCAACCUCAAGCGCCUUUCUAGAGCCUCCUCUUCUACUUCACUCAGAAGCUUUGCCUCUACCAAUAGAUCUCGCUCGCGCCUCUCUCUCGCCAGAGUCCCUCCCUUACCUUCGUCCUUGUCUUCCGACCGCCUGGCCACUCUGAACUCCGAUUUCCCGAAAAAGAAGGACCCUCUUUGGUCCGCUUUUCGUGCCAUUGACGGCGAGUACAUUACUUUCCAGUCCAAGACGAGCCUACAAAAGGCAAAGGUUCUCCGAUUAAGUCUUUUACCAUUCCUGUCUAAAUACCAAGACCACCCCUCGAAUCUGUCUCCUCGAGCGGAAGAUCUCGAUCGUCGCAUCGCAACCUUGAACAAGUGGUGGGUCGGCCUCUUGGACCACUUGAAUGGUGUCAACAGUCAGAGUAUCUCUGGUACCGAUCGCCCCGUCUUUCUUGAAGCCAUUACCGCUAUCAUGCUGCGCCCAGAGUGGCAGGCUCCCGGUUUCGCAUCAAAUCCCGCCGACAGUCCGAGAGGUCCUUCGCUUCCAAAGACCAAAUCCAGCAAUUCCGUCGAAUCUGAUGACACCGACUUCUUAAUAGAUUCUGUUCAUCACAAUGUCCGCAAUGUCUUUGUCCAAAACUUGUCGUCACAAUUGGCUUAUGUGGUUGACCGGCUCUCCAUGCGGACCGCCCCUGCCAGUCUGGUGACCUUUGCUGGCAAAACCUGCGCAUAUGCAUUUUUCUUCUGCCCAGGAGUCGCAGACAUGUUGACAAGACUGUGGCGCUUGCCGCCGGGCACAUUGCGCCGAGUCUUCAGCGAGUUUGGCUCUGAACGAGGUGACCGCCUCGACCUCGUAUCUAAGGCUCUUUCGGUCAAUUUCCCCCCUCCAGUUCGCAGCCUUACCGUUGUCUCCCAGACCGGACUGUCAAGACAUCUUCAAAGACGGCUCCAGUAUCCUCCAGGUUCAAAGAAUAUUGCUUGGUACGGUCCUUGGGUAACAAGAUGGUGUGGCCGCGAUAGUGACUUAUUCUUUGUCUUUGUCAAGCACUAUCAUGUUUUGGUCACUCACUUUCUUUCCGACGAUGUCCCCUGCAAGGAUCGAGUCGGCAUUCCUGGAUUCGUCCCUGUUUGCGCCCAACUAUUGGUCGUCCUUGAGUCGACCGUUUAUCGCUCAAGUGGCCAGGCAAUGGCCGAAGGCUUCUCUGCUGGACUGGGCAACAAUCUAGAAAAUCCCGACGCCUCAGCUCCCCUGCCCAUGACAAUUGCCAAUGCCUCUCGCUCCAUAUCGGAAAAUAGGCUGGUCAUGCUGCUCAGGGAUAUUUGCAGUGAACACGAUCCUGACCAAGCUUUAUUACGAACCCUCUUCAUAUCCUCCUUCGACGCAGCAACCAAAGCAACUGCUCGCAAGAUUUCUCUGUACAACAAUGACGCAUGUUUUGUCAUUUGUGAUUUUAUGGAGGAAGUCCUCCCAAUUAUGUUUCGGUACAGCCAACAUUUCAUGGAUGUCCCGGUUCUUGACUGGCCAUUUUGGCUUCAGGUCUGUCAACGCAUGAUACACAGUCACACCACUUUAACACAGAUUCGAUUGAUUGCCUUUUUGUACAGUACGUGGUCCAUAUGGACACUUGAUGAGCAACGAAAGCGUGAAUUCGUUCUGGAGUGGUUAUUGGAUCCUUCAGUCUUUGAGCCUCUCUUCUGCCACUGGUCAUCCAUGGUCAGACAUUAUUUCUAUCGGUUUCUGUGUUGGAGGAUAGCAAGAUACGAUGGCCAAGUUACAGACUUGGAUAUUGAAAUCAUUCAGACCCUGGCCACAAGGUUGAACAAGCUUUGGGCACAUUUUCAAUACCUAAAGGCGGAAGCAGAAAUGCGAGAAACGCCUCUACCGUCAUUUGCGCCUUGUUCACCUGCACCAAAUCGACACCUCAUCAUUGUUCGCACCGACAGCCAGCCGAUUAUAUCAUCCUUGACUACAUUCAACAAGGUCACCUCGGCCUCUACUAUGAACCAGUCUUCCCCAUAUCAGAGCCACUCGUCCGCACUAAAUUCCAUUCCUCAGGCUGACCAUCCAAUCACCCCAAGUGGGAAAAAACGUUGGAGCGUGUUUCGUGGCUUGAACAUGUUUGGAGCCACUGGUGGCAACCAACGCCCUGGCGAAGUCACCCCACCAGGAAGUCCAGAUGAGCAGACUGCGCCCGGUGGAAACAAUGGCAAGGGUCCCGGGCUGAACAACACGGGAAGUUCUAAGCAGUCAGGUCGCCCAAUGACACCACCCCAUCAAGUUCUCUCAUUCAAAUUUUCCUUGGAAUGGAGUGCUCAGCGUCCCGAUCCCGGCAAAGCGCGAGGUAUCAGCCCUCCUGUUCUACCCACAAACGCUCAGACCAUCUUACUUGGACAGCUUCGACAAAGCAGUGAAAGUGGAGACAGCGGCGGCAGCGGCGGCAGCGGUGGCAGUGGUGGCAGCCUUGUGAGCGGGUCGAGCUCCAACAGCGAUGCCAAGAUGAGAACGCGGACAGGAGAGAUUAAACCGAUGAAACCAGCAGCCCAUGAAGCUGCCACUGCACGAUACAGCGGACGAGCGUUGGCAGAGUGGUCACAGGUUCUAGGAGAGUGUCGCCACUUCUACGUCCGACGCAAAGCUGAAGGCGUACCCCGGGAUGGCUUGGUAGAAACACCGACCAUGGGGGUCGAGACCUUUCGGCUAGCGGGUUGAGUGGAAUUCAUGCAAUCAAUUGAAUUGACCUUGGGAGUAUCAUUACACACAUACAUUUUUCUUCAUUUCAGCGAGAGACAUGUCAACGGUAUUGUGGAAAUAGGGGCCGGGAAAUAGGGCCGGGGGUACAGGUUUCACAUGGAGUCGAAUAUGGGUGGCAUAAGGAUGGGAUCUACUCUUUUUGAUUUCUGUCACUGGGUGGAGUUCGUUUGAGUUGGCUAAAAGGAGUCAAAUCAGUCACAUGUUGUUUGCAUCAUCAUGACAAGAACAUCCACCCACCCACCGUCCUGGAAUCAGUGGAUAGACUACCUAUUUUUAAGAGGGAUAAAGUGGUUUAAUGGGAGAAAAUAUUGGAUGGAAAUGGUGGGCCGCAAGGCAAUCAGAUGGAAACAAACAAGGAUAGAUAGGAGCAGCGAAUGUAAACAGAGGGGAACAGAUGUAUUUAAGAUAAUACACGUAUCUACAUCUC